UAUCGGCCACUCUACUGCCUAUGUUUGUCUAUGGAGAUUACUGUGUGCUCCAUUUUAUACACCUGUCAGCAACGGGUGUCGGUGAAACAGCCGAAUCCACUCAUUUGAAGUGGUUGCGUAGUUGUUGGUAGUUUUAAGAGUAAUACAGACAGCAGAACUUCAUGCUACUGAGACAAUUUAUAAGACAAGGCUGAAACUUCUAGGCUAGCCUACUUCCUUAACUGUGUGUAUGGGGCGGGUACCUGUCCUGAGCGAACGGGACAGCAGACCGCAUCACACACCACAGAAAAAAAGAGAGAAGAGGUUUCAAACUUUUAUCAAGUCAGGGUCAUGAUAAACACGGCAGAGUAUGGCAACACGUCGUGGGAGCUGUCAGUCCAGGUAGACCAGAGAGAUGGAGACGAGGGCAUGAGGUUUAAACUCAGAGUCAAGGGAGACCUGCACAUUGGAGGACUCAUGCUCAAACUGGUGGAGAAGAUCAAGGCCCCUCAGGACUGGUCAGACCAUGCUCUGUGGUGGGAGCAGAGGAGCUGUUGGCUGCUGAAGACCCACUGGACCCUGGACAAGUACGGUGUCCAGGCAGACGCUGACCUGCGAUACACUCCCCAGCACAAACCCCUGUGCCUGCAGCUGCCCAACAUGAAGACGGUCAAACUCACCGUCAGCUACUCUGCCGUCGUCUUCAAGACCGUCGCUGAGAUCUGCAGAGCACUCAACAUCAGGAGGCCAGAGGAGCUGUCCCUGCUGAAGCCUCCAGAUAACCUGCCCAAGAAGAAGAAGAUGAAGAAAGACAAGAAUCCAGCGCUGGAAGACAUCUUAGAUAUGGACAUCUUCAAUGGAGGCUCUGGGGGAACGGGCAGUCCCUUGUACAGUAAGACCAUGGUGCCCACCUAUGACCCAGAGAAUGGGACUCCAGCCUCGGCCACCAGCUUAUGGUUUGGGGACAACCCCCUGACCUCCAGCCAGCCCAACCUGCCCCCUGAAGAGCUGGCCAAGAUGUACCAGCAGUUGUCCAUGGUGGACAAAGCCAUCAUCAACGCAGGGUGGUUGGACUCCUCCCGCUCCUUGAUGGAACAGGGCAUCGGAGAACAUGACAGACUCCAGCUACGCUUCAAAUACCACUGCUUCUUCGACCUCAACCCAAAGUAUGAUGCUGUGAGGAUAACCCAGCUGUAUGAGCAGGCUCGCUGGUCCAUCCUACUGGAGGAGAUCAACUGCACUGAGGAGGAGAUGCUCAUGUUCGCCUCCUUACAGUAUCACAUAUGUAAGAUGACCAUUUCCACGGAACCUCUGGACUUUUCCAAUGAACCGGAGAUAGAUGAAGUAGAGGCUGCCUUAUCCAAUCUAGAGGUCACACUUGGAGGAAAAACAGACAGAAUAUUGGAAGACAUCACAGACGUUCCAAAGCUGGCAGACUCCCUUAAGCUGUUCAGGCCUAAAAGGCUGGCAUUGCGUUCAUAUAAGGAGUACUGGUUCGUGUUUAAAGACACCACCAUCUCCUACUACAAGAACAAAGAGACAGCUAGUGGAGAGCCGAUAGAACAGCUGCAUCUCCGAGGAUGUGAGGUGGUCCCUGACGUCAAUGUGACGGACAAGAAGUUUGGCAUCAAGCUGCUGCUCCCAGUGGCUGAUGGGAUGAGCGAGGUCUACAUCCGCUGUGACAACGAGACGCAGUAUGCCAAGUGGAAGGCAGCGUGUACUCUGGCCUCCAAGGGCAAGACCAUGGCUUACAGCUCCUACAGGUCGGAGGUGAAGAACAUCCAGUCGUUCCUGCAGAUGAAGAGUCUGGCGCCCCCCCCUGGUCAGUCUGCUCCAGACCUGGAUGCCAUGGAGAUGAACGCUGAGUGCUUUGUCUCUCCUAGAUACACCAAGAGGUACAAGCCCAAACAGCUGACAGCGAGGAUCCUGGAGGCCCAUCAGAACAUUGCCAGUCUCUCUCUCAAUGAAGCUAAAAUGCGCUUCAUCCAUGCCUGGCAGUCCCUGGCCGAGUUUGGUAUCAAAUACUACAUUGUCAGGUUCCGAGGCAGUAAGAAGGAUGAGCUGAUGGGUAUCUCCUAUAACCGUCUGGUCCGUAUUGACAUGUCCACUGGCCUGCCUGUCACCACCUGGAGAUUCGCCAACAUGAAACAGUGGAAUGUCAACUGGGAGAUCAGACAGGUGGCCAUAGAGUUUGACCAGAAUGUGUCGAUAGCCUUCUCCUGUGUGAGCUGUGACUGUAAGGUGGUCCAUGAGUACAUAGGAGGAUACAUCUUCCUCUCAACACGCUCCAAAGACCAGAACGAGACACUGGAUGAGGAACUCUUCCACAAACUCACUGGAGGGCAGGAAUGAACCCUGGACAUCAGCUUUCACUUAGUGCUGCUGGCAAGAAAUCAUUUAAAUGCAUUGUUGAUAUGGUUUUGCAGACUACAUCAAUUAUUUGUUCAUAUUGUAAAUUGCAGAGAAAAGUAGAAUGUUUUUGUCACUAUAUUUCAUCCCGAGACCAUCUCUACCGGAUGGGUAGACCAUCUCUACCGGGUGGGUAGACCAUCUCUACAGGAAGGGUAGACCAGCUCUACAAGGCCACUUUGUCUGACGGUCUGGCCUACUGCUUUGGUUCCAUGGUCCAUCUGCAGAGACAGCAAUUGAUUCAGCACAUGAGCUUUACAUCUUGUCACUUGUUUGAUUUGGUGUAGCACAGUCUUUGAAUUCAAUGUUGUCGGCUACUUUCACAAUCAAUAUACGUUCAUUGCUUUCUUUUAUACAUGUUACUUGUUUGAUGUUUUUAGAAUGUAACUUUUUUUGCAAUUUUAUUAACAAGUCCAAAAUACCUGUAUAUUUCAGAGAGAGUUCUGGUGGUGGGUUAUUAUCGUGUUGAAGGAGACAUUUGUUUUCAGAGAAAACACUGGAAUUUCUGCUGACUGAGAUGCACUGAAAUAAACUUGAGAAACAUG